UCCUGGUCCACCAGUGUGGACACAGAAGCGGGUUUCCCCUUCCCGCCCCCAGGCACUGGCGCUGCGGUCCCCAGGGGAUUCCUGAGGAGAGCUCUGGAAUCCGGAGUCGUAGAUGCUGCGACCCAGGCCGAGGGAGCGGACGCCGGCGAGCGAGGAGGAGCCGCGUCCCCUGUCCCGGGACCCAGGGGCCCAGAGGAGGCUCGGCAUGGCCGGAUUGGUGCUCUCCGGGUGGCUGCUGCUGGUCCUGUCACUUGUGUGGCUAUUCUGUAUACCUCCGGCAGUCGGAACCGGGACCGUCCGCGUGCUGGCGUCCACGCAAGUGCGUGGCCUCUUGGGGAACUCUGUAACGCUGCCGUGCCACCUGCAGCCGCUGGAGCCCGGCGUGCAAGUGACGCAGGUGACGUGGAUGCGGCAGGAGCUGGCAGGGCAGCCCAGCAGCCUGGCUGUCUUCCACCCGGCGCGGGGCCCCUGGUACUCGGAUCCCGGGCGGCUGGAGUUCGUGGCCAAGAGCACUGACCUGCUCAACGCGUCGCUGGUAGUGUCCCAAUUGCGCGUAGAGGAUGAAGCCAACUACACCUGUCAGUUCGCCACGUUCCCUCAGGGCAGCUCGAGCAACAGUACCUGGCUGCGCGUGCUGGUUCAGCCCCAGAACACAGCUGAACCACAGAUGGAACCACCUAGCCUGUUCACCUCAGAGCCUGUGCCUGUGGCCCGCUGCAUGUCCACAGGGGGUCGCCCAGCUGCCCAAAUCACCUGGUCCUCACACCUAAAUGGAACAGUCAAUAACAGCCAGGUAGUGGGGCCCCUGCCUGGCACGUUCACUGUCAUCAGUUUCUUGACCGUGGUGCCCUCAAGCCAAGUGGACGGCAAGAACAUCACCUGCAGAGUGGACCACGAGAGCUUCAAAGAGCCCCAGUUGCUGCCUGUGAACCUCACCGUGUUCUACCCCCCUGAGGUCAGCAUCUCUGGCUACGAUGGCAAAUGGUACCUCAACCAGCGUGAAGCCAACCUGACCUGCAACGUCCGAAGCAAUCCAGAGCCCACGAGCUAUAACUGGAGCACGACCAAUGGUUCCCUACCACCCUCUGCCGUGCCCCAGGGUGCCUGGCUCCUGAUUUAUCUUGUGGACAAGUCGAUCAACACGACUUUCAUCUGCAGUGUCACCAAUGAUAUAGGGACUGGCCAGGGGAAACUGGCCAUCCUGGUCAAAGACCAGUCAGACUCAGUCAAGUUCCAUGUGAUCAUCUCUGUGGUUGUGGUAAUCCUGGUGUUCCUGGCCAUACUGGUGGGCGGGAUUUGUUUCAGGCUCUCCAGAUCCACCUGUUGGAAGCGUGGCAGCCCCUCGGCUAACGGGACUGUCUCCUACUUAGCUGUGAGCACUGAAGCCGGCCUUCCCCAGGAUACACAGAGCACAAGAUGACAGCAUCGGGACUAAAAGCAGAUAAAGGCUCCGGCUGACAAAGACACGUGUCUCCGUGGCUGGACCCCGACCCAAUGGAUGAACAUCCCCCCACCAAAGAGACUGGCGACCCUCCCCCAUGCCAGACCUCGCAACAAGGUGGGCAGGGGCAAGCUGAGGGGUCUCCAAGGCCACCCUCAGCUUCCAUCAUUCAAAAGAAGAACUCCUAGAACUCAGUUUAUUACAGGGAAGGAAUAGAGAUUAAGAUCAGCAAAGAGACAAGACACAUAGGCCUGGGCCCAAGAGAGACCAGUCACCAGCUUCCAGUUGUCCCUUCCCAGUGGAGUCACAUGGAAAUUGUGACUUAAUUCAUCCAGCAAUGAUGUAUAACAACAUGCAAGAAGUGUUCCCAAUCAGAACAGCUCACCCAAGAUCUUAGUGUCCAGAGAUUUUAUUGGGCAUCUGCUACAUGACUGACCUUCCACACAGCUGAUAUACCAUGUGGCCCAAGGUCCCCACCAUAAAUCAUAUCAUUAGCAUAGGCCACCCAGAGUGGCCCAAAUCCCCCAGGUAAACUAACAGGCAGGAUAUGCCAAAGGAUUUGAGAUGACCUCCUAGGAGCUGAGAGCAAAGGGCCGUAUCUUUCUUUGGACAAGGUUAAGCCUUACUACAACACUGGACUACACAGAAUGGUGUGGGUGCCGGAAAAUUUGGGGUAAGAAUUUGGCCCACGGCCUUGAGCUUCCAAAUCUCUGUAUCAGUCAGAUCACUAUGGUUACAAGAAGCAGCCACUGACCCUGGUCACCAGAAGAGAACCGGAGGCUGGAACUCAGGUCCCAAGCUGCUGCAUGGGCCUGUCCAAAGGACAGGAAGACUGGUGGGUGUGAACUUUGGAGGAGGUUAUCAGCUCCAGCCACCCUGUGCCACCAACAUCUGCAGCAGAAAAGCUGGAGUUGACAGGAAGAAAGCCACAAAGGAAGGCAAGAUGCAGUUUCCAAAGCAAAGGGAAGAGAAGGUGGGGCAGCCAUCACUACAGCUCCCCUAGGACCAGGACCCCAAGGCCCAGGAGGCAGAACUGCUCUUGUGCAACUGGCCAGUUUACUUUUUAGAAGUCUAAGCUCUCGGGGGCAGGCACCAUAAUUCCUCUUACAGAGAAAAUUCUCUGUUAGGGAAAAUAUCUUUUGGGAGAUACCACCUCGGGCCAGGAGGCUAAACAGGAAAGUUAGGUUUGAGCUGCUCUGUAACAGAAGAUGGCAGAAAAGAAGAGUUGCUUCCAGAAAAGAUGGAAGAAUUGGGGAGGAUGGGAAAUGGGAAAGAGAUAAGAACCAGCAGGGUGGCAGGCAUGCGUGACUUAAGGGCUAAUGAGACCAGAGGGUCCCCAUAGAGUUGGGAGGGGGGCAAAGAGAGAUUGGUUGCUUUGCUGAACAGAAGCCUGUUGUCUGUCACCAGCCCCCAGCCUAUUUAUUAUCUCACUAAAGCCUAUUUAUUACACCAUUAAAGCUUAUUUAUUUUA